GGGGACAUCGAGGGGACACUCCGCCACCCCCAGAGGCCACCAGGGGCCACCAGCAGGGGCCACCAUGGGCCAGCAGGCGGCGACCCCCGGCCCGCCGGGAGCAGAGGAGCGCUCCGCCCGCGCCACCUUUGCCGCGUGGCGCCGCUACCGCCAGGCCUGCGAGCUGCACCUGCGCCUGGCCCCGCCCCCGCCAGGGCCCGUGUGCAACCGCAGCUUCGACCUGUACGCGUGCUGGGGCGACGCUGUCCCCAACAGCACGGCCACUGUCCCCUGCCCCUGGUACCUGCCCUGGCACCACCGAGUGCAGGGCGGCGUGGUGGCGCGGCGCUGCGGCCCCGACGGGCGCUGGGUGACAGACGACAGCGGCAGGACCUGGCAGGACAACUCGCAGUGCGAGGACGUGGCACCGCUGCAGCCGCUGCAGCGCCAGGCGUGGCUGCUGGAGCAGUUCCGCCUCCUCUACACCGUGGGUUACUCGCUGUCCCUUGUCGCGCUGCUGGUGGCGCUGCUGCUGCUGCUGCUGCUCAGGCGCCUGCGCUGCACGCGGAACCUGAUCCACGCCAACCUCUUCGUGUCGUUCGCGCUGCGCGCCGCCGCCAUCCUGACGCGGGACGCGCUGCUGCCACACCCGGGCCACCAGGGCCACCAGCCGGGCCACCAGGCGGGCCACCCCCUGACGCUGCUGGGCACGCAGGCGGGCCCCGCGUGCCGCGUGGCGCAGAGCCUGGCCCAGUACUGCGUGGGAGCCAACUACGCGUGGGCCACGGCCGAGGGGCUGUUCCUGCUGCGGCUGCUGCUGGCCAGCCCCGCGCGGCGCCGCCUGCCCGCCUUCCUGCUGCUCGGAUGGGGUGUCCCCGUGCUCUUCGUGGUCCCCUGGGUCAUCCUGCGCUACCUGUACGAGAACGAGGGGUGCUGGGAGCGCAAUGAGAAGGCGGCGGUGUGGUGGCUGAUCCGCUGCCCAAUCCUGGCGGCCGUGGCGGUGAACUCGGUGGUGUUCGUGCUCAUCCUGCGCAUCCUGGUGGCCAAGGUGCGCGCGCGGCAGGUGACCCGCGGGGACACGCGCCUCAGGCUGGCGCGCUCCACGCUGACGCUGAUCCCGCUGCUGGGCGUGCACGAGCUCGUGUUCGCGCUGGCCGGGGAGGGCGAGGGCGGCGGCGGCCUGCGGCUGGCCCGGCUGGGCCUGCACCUGCUGCUCACCUCCGCGCAGGGCCUGGUGGUCAGCGUCCUCUACUGCUUCACCAACAAGGAGGUGCAGGCCGAGCUGCGGCGGGGGUGGCAGCGCUGCCGCCUGGGGGUCCCCGGCCCCCCCAGGGCCCCCCCCAGGGCCCCCCCCGGGGGUCGGGCCUGGCGGGGGCGGCACCGCGAGGCCGAGAGCGGCUGCUGA